ACUGGGAGCCGAAACGCUUCCCUGUGGAGCUGCUGUGCUGCUGUGCGAAGCUCCUGGAAAAAAUAGCCAGAGAUUCUUGUACAUGCAGAGCAUACAAACAGGCAAGCCGUGCUCACUGAUCAUAACAGCUCUCAUCAUUCAUAGGGAACUAGAUAAAACAGGCUGUGCCUCCCAUCCCUGGGCUGAAGAAUUGUGCUAGGAUAUCUGGGCAUCUCUCUGACUAUUGGAUUUACAGUAACAUCCUAGUUCCCAAUGAAGAAUUUUCAGACAAGAUCAAUUUUUGCCUUUUCCAUGGAGGGUUCGGACUAAAGAUUUGGAAAAUCAGAAUCUUCACUUUACGGCUUGCCACAUUCAAUAGCUCUGCCUGGGAUACCUUGCUAAAGAAGGAUAUUCCAUGGGGACUGUACCAGAUCCUCAUGGGUCUUCCAAAAGCCCAUUGGUAACUUCUCCUAAGGAGAAAGAUAGUUCUGCAUCUGAUACACUUCUCCAAUUUACCCAAGGAACCUUAGAAAACAAUGGCAGUGGUAUUUCUGUUUCUGAGACCUUUCCUGUUAAUGUAAUUUGUAGCAGCAAUAUGGCAACUGAGCAAGAAAAACAGGAAUCAGGCAACACAACCUCUUCCUUUAGGACUUGUAAUGAAUUAGUAUUAUUGCCUCCAUUAGUACCACAAGCCAUAAAGGACUCUACCCAGCCUAUCCCCAGUAUAAGAAAUACAUAUCUUUCUACAGAUGGGAAUGCAGAAUCAUGCAGUAAUCAUGAAGAAAAAACAGCAAAAGAUAGCAUUUCAGUAACUCCUUCAGCAUCAGUGGAAGCAGAUAUGAAAGUACCAAGUGAUUUAAAAAACAGACCAUUAGUUGAAAGUGGAGCUGAUAAAGGACUUGUCAACUCAGUUCAGAAUAAGGAAGAAGACCCAUCUUUGAUAACCCACAAAACAGAAAGCAUAAACAGUGGUUCACAAAAUAUAUAUGCAGUUACCCAGUCAGAAAAAGUCACAACAGUUGAAGGAGAGCCUGUAAAAAAAUCAUCUACAAAGUCAGAUGAAUAUCAGCAGCUAAGCUUUGUGAAAGAUAAAAUAAAAACAGAGAAUGAAGAAGUAGAAAUGGAUCCAAUGUUGCCUAGCAGAUUUAAGGAAAUGGGGACAAUGACUUCAUUUAGUCUGGAAAACUGGACAACUCAAGAUGCUGAGGUUCAGGCUGUGGCAAAUGUUGAGAACAAGUCUGUGUCAACUAGUCCAAGCAUCUUAGCUGCGUUUCUUAAGGCAAAUUCUCCAGUCCUCAAGGAAAGACAAGAACAAGUCUGUAUUAUUUAUCAGGGUAACCCUGGCGCUAGCCAGUUGGACCGUGCAAACUUUGCUUUGCAGGCACAGCUUUCUCAGAACCAACUAGGUCCAAAAUUGUGUUUUCAAGCACCAGAUGCACUGAGUUCACAGCCUCUUCAAAUGCAUGCUAAAAGCUCACCAGAUUUAGCACGGCCUGCCUUCCAGCACACAGAAAUAGGCAGAAAUUCACAGAUAUUAUAUAGAAAUGAAUUAGAAGGGCAACAGCUGUGUUUCAGAGAAAUGCCACAGAUGCAAAUGGCAAGCCCUUCUCCUAUUUUGAUGAAUGUGAAACCUGUUUACCAAAUCAACAUUGAGAACAGUGCCCAGCCAAAACCGAGAUCUAUGGACAUGUACAGUGAACCGUCACAUUUUAGAGCUCCUGAAGUCAACAACAAAUCUAGACUUCACCACUUAAGUGGAGUAGAAAAUAUUCAGUUACAUAACAUCCGUAUAGAUAACGAUCAGACAGAUACUCUUAGUAUUCCUGGAGAUGAUAGCACAGACCGAAAACCUUUUCAUUUUAAAAUUACAAAUGAGCAGGGUUCUACACAAGCUAUCAUAACAACAGAUAUAAAAAAACCAAAGAAGGAGGAUAAACCUACACCUCUACAUGUGGAAGUGGAAGUAAACACUAUUGGAGCUACUGGGGGUCAAGCAGAUGAAAUACUUGAAGUCUUGAUUAGAAAGGACCAGGAUGACAAUGCACUUGCUAAAAGGUCCAGCAGUUUUAGUUUGCAAUCCAGACCUGCUUCUGACAUAAGUGCAGCGCAGCUGACACCACGGCUUAGAAAAGCCAGAGAAGAAAAAAAUGAACCACUUCUGGUCACCUUAUCUACCUCUGAACAGCCUAAGCUACAUGGCAAAAAAGCAACUCCACCAAGUUCAAACGCUGGAGCAAAAACUCAAGGGAAACAGACAAAGAGUGUGAAAGAUGUUGUUUGGGAUGAGCAGGGCAUGACAUGGGAGGUGUAUGGUGCCUCUAUGGACCCAGAGUCAUUAGGGAUUGCUAUUCAAAAUCACCUCCAAAGACAAAUCAGAGAACAUGAGAAAAUGAUCAUGGCACAACUGAAGCAAAACCGGAAAUCAAUUGGCUCUGAUUCUUCAGGGAAAAAGAGAAGGCAGCAUAGAGUGUUUCAGUCUAUACUUAAGAACUUUAGACGACCAAACUGCUGUGCCCGUCCUCCCCCUACGUCUGUGUUGGACUAAGUAAUUUUAAAAUAACAAAAAAACUAAAUUUCAGAUUCUCCUAAGAUAUACUUUGCAAAUAUAUUUCUGUUUUUUAAGAAUGUUACAAGUGAAUUUCAUUUUACAAAUGUAAUUAAAUAGGAUGAGUAAAACAUCACCCUAAUUUUUAAUACACAGUUUUGUUAUCUUUGUGAUGGAAUUGUUAACACUUCCAUAGCACAUUAACAAUAUAAGCUACUGUUUUCCAUAAACAGCAAUGGGUAGUGUUUUUAUAAGUGAAGACUUAUGAUUUUGUAAGUUCCUAUUCAAAAAUAUAUUAAGAAAUGAAAGGGAACAUAUUCCCAUAUUUGAAUAAGAUUAAUCAUGCAGUAAAAAAUGUAUUUAGUAAAAUACAAUGCCAAUAACCUUUAUCACUUGAGCCUUUCUAGCUGUAGAAUUUUAAUAUAUUAAAUUAUCUAGCACUGCAUGACAAUUUAUUGUAUAAAAAAGAUGUAUAGCUAACAAAUAUGUUUAAAGUUUCCUCUACACAGGGGUGUAACUUUUAUUCAGCCUUUAAUAGUCAUGUUUCAUCCUACAUGAGAGCAGAAGUUAUUGUUAUCUCAAAAACCCUAUUGAAGAUUUUUCUUUUUGUUCAGGAAAAAAAAAUAAAAUGUGAACUACCGCAUGUCUCCUACAUGUUAGCUUUGAACUUUGUGACUCAACUCAACAAUGUGCCAGAACAUUUCUCUGAAUUCAUUGUCCCAAUCACCUAGAUAUAACCUUGGGUUAAAGCAAAUGAUUAAAUGCAUUAUUAACUAGUAUUAACUAGUGGAUAUUUACCAAAAUAGAUCUUCAGUAUAGGUAUGGGACCUGUUAUCCAGAAUACUCGGGACCUGGGGUUUUCCAGAUAAUGGAUCUUUCCGUAAU